AGAAAACAUAUAAUUCUUACAUUUAUGAUGCUCAUGAACAUAACGUAUCAAUUACAUGGGUUGUCGAAUCCAUCACAUGUAGUCAAUAUGAGUUCUAGCAGUAAGCAUGAGAUACCGAUAGGGGUCAUUGUUGAUAUGACAUCACUGUUUGGACAGAUGGUUCAUCACAGCAUUCGCAUGGCAAUUUCAGAUUUUUACUCUUUGAAUGAUGAGUGCAAAACGAGGUUAGUUCUACACACAAGGGAUUCGAAAGGAAACCCUUUACGCGCUCUAUCAGAUGCUUUUGAUCUUCUAGAAAAUCUUAAAGUACAAGCAAUCAUUGGACUAGAAACACUGCUCCAAGCAAAGCUCUUUAGCAUUUUGGGAGAAAAAACCAAAGUACCAUUUCUUUCGUUAACCACAAGCCCUCCACUGAACGCAGCUGCUCAUCGUUACUUACUUCAAAUGACACCAGACGAGACCAUCCAGUGGAAGGGUCUAGCAGCCAUUGCUGAAUCAUUUCAAUGGACCAAUGUCAUCCUUGUUCAUGAGGACAGUGAAUUUGGGAGGGAAAGUGUACCACAUAUAAUUGAUUCAUUUCAAGAUAAAAAAAUUCAUAUAUCUUAUAAAAGUUCGAUUUCUUCAUUAGCAACCGAUGAUCAAAUAAUUGACGAGCUACGUAAGCUCUCAGAUAUGCAAGAAAGGGUGUUCGUGAUUCACGUCUCUCACUUUUUAGCAUUUCGUAUUUUGGUAUAUGCAAAAAGAGUGGGACUGAUGAGCCAAGGAUAUGCUUGGAUAGUAACAGAUAAGACUAUGAACUUCUUCGAUCCUAUAGACUUAGAUGAAGAAGUUCUUGAAUCAUUUCAAGGAGUUUUAGGUCUGAAAUACCUUAUCCCAUCAUCAAUUCAACUUCGUAACUUUUCCAGAAGAUGGAGAAAAGAAUCUCUCCUUAGCAGCCCAAAUAUCUUCAACAUAUUGGCUUAUGAUACAACUUUUGCGGUAGCAACCGCUGUUGAAAGAGCCGAAAUUAGACCUUCUAAAGAUGGAAAGAAAGUUGGUGCAUUGAUGGCAAUGGAUUUCACAAAUAUCCGAGAAUCGGAAAGUGGAAAAAUACUAUUAAAAGAGUUGCUAAACGUUAGAUUCAAGGGAUUGAGUGGUGAGUUUCAUCUUGUAAACAGCAAAUUCAUUGCUAAGCCAUUGGAAAUAGUUAAUGUGAUCGGAAAAGGUGAGAGAAGAGUUGGGAUUUGGACUGAAGACGAUGGUGUAAAUGGUCUUGAAGGAAUAAUCUGGCCUGGAGGAUCUCUGAUCCCUCCAAGACGUUUGAUAUUGCAAACAAGCAAAAAGCUACGAAUUGGUGUUCCUAUGUUGGUUGGGUUUGAAGAUUUCUUGACUGUAGAACAAAAUCCUCUAACCAAUGAAACUAUUGCCAAAGGGUUCUGCGUAGAUGUGUUCAAUGCUGCAAUUGAAGCAUUAUCAUAUGAAGUACCAUACGUAUUUGUUCCAUUUUCUGUCGCGAAUAAAAAACCAAAUUCAGAAACUUACAAUCAACUUAUAUAUGAGGUCUACCUUCAGAACUUUGAUGCGGUUGUAGGGGAUACCACGAUUACUGCCAAUAGAUCCUUAUAUGUUGACUUUACAAUUCCUUACACUGACUUAGGUGUUGGGACGGUAACAAGAGAUGAUCAGAAUUUGAGAAAAAUUUGGUGGUUUUUGGAGCCCCUGGAUGCACGUAUGUGGAUUGCAGCUACUUGCUCUUUUUUCAUAAUCGGAGCAACAAUAUGGGUUAUUGAAUAUCCUAUAAACCCAACGUUCCAAGGUCCCUGGCAAGAUGUAGUUGGUCCUGUCCUCUGGUUCUCUUUCUCUACACUUACCUUUAGCCAUAAAGCGAAGUUUAUGAGUAAUUUGUCAAGGCUCUUGGUUAUUGUGUGGCUAUUCAUUGUCCUCAUAAUGGUUACGUGCUACAACGCUGCUUUGAGUUCUAUGUUAACUAUUCAGCAAAUUCAGUUAACGCGAAGGGGGAUUGACAUAGGAUACCAUGCUGGUUCGUUUAUUGAAGGAGUCAUUGUUAACAACUCAAAUUUUAAGGAGCCUUCUCUUCUACCCUACAACUCAUUAGCUGAAUACGCAAGUGCGUUAGCAGGAGGAAGUAAGAAAGGUGGCGUUGUUGCUAUUAUGGACGAGUUCCCAUAUAUCAAGUUGUUCUUAGCAAAGUACGGCAGUGCCUACCGUUUGGUCUCUUAUGAACCUAGUACAAAUGGGUUUGGCUUUGUUUUUCCGAAAGGAUCACCAUUAGUGCCUGAUAUUUCAAGGGAAAUAUCAAAACUAAGAGAGGAAGGGGAACUACUGAAGCUGGAAAAGAAAUGGUUCAAGAAAGAUUCAUCUUUUUUACCUGAAGAUUCUCAAGCACCAGCGAACCUAACAAUUUUAACACUUUACAAUUUCCGCGGUUUAUUUUAUAUUGGUGGGGUUAUGUUAGCUUUCAUGCCUCUCGCAUACUUAAUUCACUUUGUGUACACAUAUGCGUUUCUCAUCUACCACGUUUUGGUCGCCCCACCUCCAUUAGAAUUGCAAAUGUUGAAUUUCCUUUGAGGUUAAAGUCUGUAGCUGCAUAUGUUGUAAUUAAAGGAUACUAGAAUAUUGGAAGGAGAAUGGACAAAACAUAUUCAUAUCAA